AUGUCGACUCCGAAAACAACGAGGCAGUGGGUCGUGAAAGAUACUAAGAACGGCUUCGACGCCGCGUCUCUGAAUUAUCGGGACCUGAUUAUACCUAAGGGGCAAUAUCCAUUCCCAACCGCUACACCCGUAGUUCCCUGCUCAGACGGCGCCGGCAAGGUCGUGGCUGUUGGCCCAAAGGUCUCUGAAUUUAAGGAGGGCGAUGUUGUUGCGACGCUGUUCAAUCAGAAGCAUCAGGCUGGGCCGGUCAAGCCAGCAGGUAUCGCAUCAGGGUUGGGAGGCGCUCUUGACGGUGCGCUCCGAGAGUAUGGUGUAUUUCCGGAGACUGGUCUCGUCCGUGCACCUUCCAACACGACGGCGAAUGAAGCAUCGACUCUCGUGUGCGGUACUGGCGGUGUGUCACUUGCAGCGAUCCAGUUCGCUCGCGCCGCUGGCGCGAAUGUCAUCGCGACGAGCUCGUCAGAAGAAAAGCUCGAGUUCCUGAAGAAGCUCGGUGCGAACCACGUCAUCAACUACAAGACGGACCAGAAUUGGGGAGAGACGGCCAAGAAGCUCACAACAGGCGGCCUCGGCGUCGACCAUGUGAUCGAGGUUGGUGGACCAGGCACAAUGAAGCAGUCCAUGCUCGCUAUCAAGCUUGAGGGGACUAUUACGGUCAUCGGUUUUCUGGGCGGAGCGACCGCGGAGAACACACCUUCGACGCUCGAUGCUCUUACUCAUCUAUGCACGGUUCGGGGUAUCAUCGUUGGCUCGAGGCAGCAGUUCGAGGACAUGGUUCGUGCGAUCGAAGCCUCUGAUAUUCAUCCGGUGGUGGACAAGAAGGUGUUUCCGUUCGAGAAGGCAGUCGAUGCGUACCAGUAUCAGUGGGACCAGAAACAUGUGGGCAAAGUCGUCAUCGAGGUCGGUACUUGA